AUGCCAUCUGUCCAACAACAACAAUCUUCGUUAAGAAACGGUGCAAGGCGCGGAAAUAAAAAAGGUCAGUUUUGUUUCGGGAAUCAAAAAAAAUGUCUGAACAUGCUCAUUUUCCCUCCCAAUUUUUUUGAACGAUUCGCCAUUUAGCCAACAAAAAAUUGCAUUAAAUUUGGGUUCGGCUUAUUUUUAGCUAGCUUUUGCCGUUUUUCGAACUAAGCCAAGCUAGACACAAAUUGAAAUCACUAAAGAUUUUCCUUGAUUAAAAAUUCUGGAAGUUUGUAUAUGUUUGGUUUUUUUUUGACAAAAACAAAUAUGUUUUCAGAAGAAUUUUUGAUUAUUUGUGUUUUUUCCAGCAUUUUUUUCUUUUUUUGCUUGGAAAAUUGAAUUUUUUGAGAUCCUGCGUAAAUUUCUUCCCUGUAAUUUGAUCGGAUUUUUUUCUGUUUGACAGAGAAAAUUUUAUUUAUUGUUUUCAUAUUUGAAAUUUGACACUUUUUUUUCGAGAUUUACACAUACUUGUAGGUUUUUUUCUGGCGCGCGUGAAGUAUCAGAGAUCAAUUGCCACGUCAUGACUCAUUUUUUCCUGUGAUUUUCUCUAGAUAAGAUUUAUUAGUAUUGUUUUUUUGAACACAGGUAUUUUUUGAGCAGAAUACAAAAAAAAAUCACAUGUAAAAAUAUAUAGGAGGAUACGAAAAACAUUUGGAUUUUUUUUGGCUGCCAAGGAGUGGUUGCUUGACAAGCCUUUUGAUGAAUAGGGGAUGGCACUAGAGGAAUCUCCCCUCAAGCAGUCGGCACUAGACGAUUCUAUUCUCAAGGCUUCUCACAAGUAGCCAGUUCUUGUCUCAUGUUUUUUUUAGAAUUCAGGACGAAUUUUUGUAGAUCAAACAUUUUGCGUCCAAAAUUUUGGGCUCAAACUAAUUUUGAUACCAAAUUCAAAAAUUCUUCAGAAAAAUGAUAAAUGUGUUGUUUUUCUGUCUUUCUUUCUGUUUUUUUUUCAGAAAAAAAUAUCUGUCUAAUUUUUUUGUGUUUUCCCCCCUAUUUUCAAUUCAUUUCCUCUCAAUAUUUCCAUUUUUCCCUCUCAUUUUUCCGACAUGUAAAAAAUAUAUCAAAGAUAUAUCUUUGCCUUUUUGCUGCGCGGCAAAAAUUAUAGUUUUCUUUCAUAUUUUUUUCGCUUUUCUGUGUCGGUUGCUAUGGAAAGUUUAGGUUUCAAAUUUUCAACCAAAAAAUUCGAAAAAGUGGGUCAAUUUUCAUUGCCCAAAAUGUCCCCACGCCGUGAGCACAGAAAUUUUGCUCAUUUCAAUUUUGAGAGAAGCGAGUUAGCCGAAUUCCGUCUGAUAUAUUAAAGUCAUCUUGUCAUCCAUCUAUCCCUCCUCUUUUUUUUCGCGCACUUCAAAUUCGAACAACUUUUCGUUUUCACAUCAGCUUCUCCUUUUUCUGCUUCUUCUCAAAUUUGAAGUGUUAGUAGUUUUUUUUUUCAUUUUAUUUUAUUUGGAUUUAUGGAUUAAGGAAGUUUGUGAUUUUUGCAAUUUUGCUCUAGUGAAAAUUUUGGGUUGUUUGAGAGAAAUACACGGGAUUUUGAGAGCUCCUGGAGAAGAACACGAAGCCACGUGGAUUUUUAGCAAUAAAAUUUGGAUUGGAAAAUGUGAUAGUGCUCUGAUUUUUUCUGAAUUUUGAAAUUUAGGUUUUUCAAUAUUUCGCCACGUGGAUUUUUGAGCCCCAAAAUACAUUAAAUCUUUCACCUUUGGCUAAAUUUUGCGAUCUUUUCUGCUCCUAAAAGUGAAUUAAUUGGUGGUUUGACAAUUUGCUAGCUCAAUGAUCUUGAACUAUGAACCCUUUUGAGAUGGCCACGUGGCUUUUUUGGCCCGAAAAUUUUGAAUUUUUCCACGUGGAAUUAGAUAUCAAUUUUUUAUCCGUCACAAAUUUUUCUUUGGAAAUUGGUUUCUAAAAUUCUGUAGUCUAGAUCUCUGAUUUGCCUCUUUACAGAAAAUUGAGCUUGAAUUUUGUUUUGUAAAUUUUGUAGAUAAAACCACGUGGCCGAGUUUUUCAGCCCGAAAUUCUUGAAAAAAAAUUAGUUCCAAAAUCAGAAUCAUUCGGGAAAUUCCAAAUUUUCCCAAUUUUUCGUCAAUGCUUUAUUUUCGCCUCAAAAAAUUCCCGUCUUCCAAUUAACAUCAUCUUUUUUCUCUCCCAUUUUUGCUCAUUUUCCAGCUCCAAACAUUUCUUUUUCUUCUUCUUGCUUUUUUUGUAACAAUUACGAAUUACGUUUUUAUUCGUUUUUUUUUCAAUUCCAGUUUUCUCCCCCCUGCUCUAAUUUCCUGCUUGCUAUUUUUGCUUCUCCAAAAAAAUCGACAACUUUUUUCUCGGUGCCUAGUUUGACCCCUUUGGAAAAAAGUUCGUUAAUUUUUAACGACCUGCUUUGCUUGUUUUUUUCUAUUUUUCUAGCCACUAUUUUUGAAAUCUGUGCAGAAAAAAAUCUGUUUUUUUUUCGGAAAAAAACGGAAAAUUGCUCGACGAUUAUUAUUAUUUGGUUAAAUAGUAGUAGUUCGGCACGGGAAAACUUUUUUUUCAAAAUAUUUUUUUGAAAAAAAGUGGCGGCGGCGGCGGUGUGGAAAGGUGCACACACACAGGGAAUGACGAGAUUUCUGAAUGAGCAACAGCAGAAGAACUGGUGUCUCGCAAACUUCGGCUUUUUUAUUCAAUCGGAGAGAUAAACCUAGUAGGUUUUUGUGAGGAGAAAUUGGGAUUUUUCGGGUCUGAACCGGAUGAGCCCAGGAAAUUUCGAAAAAAAGGAAAAUUUGUGAUUUUUUGAGUCUAAAUAUGGCUAGGCUUCGAAAUCCCGUAAAAUCUUGAAAAUUUGGAAUUUUUCAAGCCUAAUCUUAGUUGGAAAAAUUCAAUUUUUUGAGUUAGAAUUAGGCUUGUGUUAAAAACGUCAUUAAGUGAGUGAAAUUCUGAUUUCAAGCCUAAAAUUCAAAAUUUCUAAUUAUAGAUCUGAAAUUGUUUUUCAAAAUAUUUCAGUAAAAUUUGUGGAUUUUUUUAGCCUGAAAAAAAUUUCUUGAAAAGUUUCUAUCAAAAAUUUUGUGAUGUUUUGAAUCUAAUUUUGGCUAGACUUGAAGUCCUGAAGAGUUUUUUUUUAAAUAAAAGUAAUCCCAGAAAAAUUUGACCCUGAACGAUUUUUCAGAAUAUGAAAAUUUAAAAAUCAAAAUUUUCUGACGACAAUUUUUGUUUUUCCCAAAAAAGUUCACUCAAACUUUUUCAAAACUGUUAUUUUUCAUUUUAUGGCUACCACAAAAAAUUCAAUAAAAUUUUAGAAUCCCUGAAAAUCCCCCACUAAUUUUUUUAAAAAUCCAACAAAUAUUUUUAUAGGACACGGUCGAGGUGAAUCUCUGCACCACGCUGCAGUUGUCGAAGUUGGAGCCAUGGUUCUUCAAAAUAUGUUUAGGUAAGUUGGAUUGCUCAUAUUAAAGAACAACUUCUGAAAUUUGCUCAUAUUAAUCUGACAAAGACAAUUCAAAUAGGUUUUGUACCAGAUUUUUGGAGAAUAAGAUCUUUUCGUGACCAAAAUGCAUUCUGAAAUUUGGAAAAUACUGAAAAAUUUUUACAAACAUUGCUCAUAUCAAUCUUAUAGUUGAUUAACAUGAGCAAUGACUAAAAAUAACCACAUUGCUCAUAUUACUCCCAAGCCUAUCUAAUUUUGCAGUGCUCUCUCCUUCCUACACUACCGAAAAGAUGAUGAUUUUGUCGACCGUCUCUCCUAUUUCUACACUUCCUCAUUUCUAAUAAUGAUGGCAGUUUUGGUGAGUUUCAAACAAUUUGGUGGUCGACCUCUCGAAUGUUGGGUUCCUGCACAAUUCACCGCUUCCUGGGAAGCUUAUACAGAAAUGUAUUGUUGGGCACAAAAUACGUAUUGGGUUCCAAUGGAUCAAGAUAUUCCGGAAAAUGUUAGUGAUCGAGAAUAUCGACAGAUUUCAUAUUAUCAAUGGGUCCCAUUUUUCUUGCUUCUUCAAGCAUUUCUAUAUUAUAUCCCUUGUUUGAUGUGGCGAUUGAUGAGUGAUAAAAGUGGAAUACGAUUGAAUGAUAUUGUACAAAUGGCGACGGAAAAAGAGAAUAUUGAACCAGAUUAUAGGAUACGAACUAUUGAAAGUUUAUCUAGGCAUAUUGAAAGUGCACUGAGGUAAGCUGGAUUUUGGGGAAGGUUUGGGGAUGUUGUCAUGAGAUGAAAAUGUUUUUUGCCAAAAAAUCUCAGGCGAAUCAUUUCAAAUUGCCCUAAUUUUGUUUUGAAAAAUUUUUGAAACGUAUUUUUUAGGCUGAAAAUAUACAUAGUGGAAAGAAUUUCAAGAAAAAACACUCAUUUUUUCUGUUUCUAGACUUUGAGAACUCUUCCACCAGUUUUUGGCCAAAAAUCUCGUUUUCUGGAUUAUUUCACAUCAAAAUUUAUGAUUUCCCGUCGAAAAAAAAUUCCACGAAAUUCAAAUUCCACGAAAGCAACAAAAAAUCAGCUGAUAUCAGAUUCUGAUCACAAAAGCAUUUCAAAAUAUCCAAAUUUUAUUUCGAAAAUUUUUGGAACGUAUUUUUCCGGGCAGAAAAUAUACCGAAAGAAAUUUAUAGCCAUUUUUUGCUGUUUCAUAAAAUUGAAUUUUAGAAACGUUCCGGUUUUUAGCCAGCUUAUCAUCAUUUUUUUCGAAUUUUCGCACCAAAAAUCCUCAAAUGUUUUCAGAUACCAACACACGGCAACAUCUCGAACCCAAUACACACUUCAUCGAGUUUUCAAAUGUUUCAACAUGCGAUAUUAUGAAAGUUAUGUGACUGGAAUGUAUCUCGCCACAAAAAUAAUGUAUGUUGGAAAUAUUCUGACAAAUUUGGUGUUGGUCAAUAAAUUUCUCGAAACUGAUGAAUAUUCGAUUUAUGGAUUGGGAGUUUUGAGAGAUUUGUUGUUUGGAAGAACUUGGAUCGAGUCGGGCAAUUUUCCGAGGGUCACUUUGGUGAGUUUUUUGGCGGGAUAUUGCCUUGUUAAUUUUUGACAAAAUUAUUUUCAAUAAAACAUUCUGAAAUCUUUUGAGCUCAAGAAUCCACUGAAAAAUGAAACCGAAUAAAUUCGAAUUUUUUUCAAAAAUCAAAACUUCAAAUAUUACUAUUUUUGUUUCACAAUUUCGCUAAAAUCUAAAAAUUUUGAGCUAAAAUUUUGGCUGCAGAUAACAAAAAAAAUAAAAAUUUGAGAUAUUUGAUGCAAUUUUAUUUUUUCAAUUUUGAAAAAUCCAAAUUUUUGAGUACAAAUUUUAUCUCAAGAUUUGAUGGGUUUUAAGUCAGAACUUUUGAAAAAUUAUCGAAAAAAUCCUCUCUCUCCCACAAAAUCCUUCAGAAAACCCCCCAAUUUUUUGCAGUGCGAUUUCGAAGUUCGAGUUCUUGGCAACAAUCAACGCCAUAGUGUUCAAUGCGUUUUAGUCAUCAAUAUUUUCAACGAAAAAAUAUUUAUUCUAAUUUGGUUAUGGUUUACACUUUUAUUUGUCGCAUCCACAUUGGAUAUGUUGUAUUGGUUUAGUAUAUCAAUGUUUCAUAGGUCUGUUUUUUUUGGAGGGAAAUUUGAAUUUUUGAAAAAAAUUUGGAUCAUUUUUUUUUCAUGAUAAUCUGAGAAUUUUUAGCAGUUUUGAACCUAGGCAAGACUUCAGUUUUUCAAUUUGAAUUCUAAAAAGUUUGUCAAGAUAUUACACCUACACAAUUGUCUCUGGCUCACAACCAAGGCAUGCUCCAAAAAUAAAAAAAAAUUGACUUCAGGGACCGAUUCCGUUUCGUGCUCCGCCAUCUCGAACUCACUUCCGAUCCCGACAAACCCGAAUUAUUUCGAAAAGAAAAACGAAAACAAGUCGAACAUUUCCUGCGAACCUAUCUGAAAGUCGACGGAGUUCUUGUGUUAAGAAUGAUUGCACUACAUGCUGGUGUCAUGUUUUGUACUGAAAUAACCGAUGCGUUGUGGAAACGAUAUUUGAGUCAACAUCCGGAGAAUUUGAUUGAUGAUGAUUCGUCGCUGAUCACUUUUGCUAGGUGAGAUUUUUGGGGUGGCAAAAUGUGAAGAAUGAGAUUUUGGGUAUUCUAGAAAACUGGAAUUCUAAAUGUUUUCAUUCCGAAAUCAUUUAACUCUGAAAAUUUUCACAGUUUUUUGAGAAUUCAUUUUUUUUACAAAAUUAAAAUUCUGAUUCCACGUGGAUGUUGCGUCCUAGAAAUUCGUUAAAUCUAUAUUUCUUGAAAAAUUCUUGAAAAAAUUUGAGGUUUUUGUGUUUCGAAUAAAUUUGUAAAUAAAAAUUCAGAACCUGAAAAUCCACGUGGCACGAUUUCUUUUCAAAAUCUGAAAUUUUGAAAAACAAAAAAUCUUUCUUUUUCUAGCUGUAAUCGAAUUCGCAAGGAAAUUCAGAAUUUUCACAUUUUUAAUCGAAAAAUCCAUGAAAAUCAGAAUUUUCGCGAAAAUGUUCCCCUCAAUUUCCAGAGCCCAAUCAAUUCGCCGAAAACGAAACGACAGCAGCAACUCAGACGGUCAAAAUCAUCAACGACUCGGUCGAAUUCUAUCACAUCGAUCCACCGGCGGAAGUUUUCGACUCAAUCGAACACAAUCCACAAAUCGAAGUUUGAACACCGAGAAAGGAGUUGUUGGUGGCGAGAAGGGUGGUGGAGGUGCGGCUGGAGCACAAACUACUGCAAAUACGCCGAGCACACCGCCGACAUUACCGAAGUGGGUUUUUUUAGGAUGGGAAAUUUUGAAACCAAAAUUUGAAGCCUCAUUUUGGGGUUAAAUAUUAUUAUAGAAAGAUUUUUGAGCUAUUUCUGAAAAAUCUCAUUUCCUCUUGUCCCUCUAAAAUUCAAAUUUCUGCACCAAAAAUAGUGAUGACGUGAUUUAUUUUGCCCUACAGUAAUCCAGAUAAUAUUUUCUACAGUAACUAAUUAUUUUUAGCACCAGAAAUCUACAGUAAUGCAAAAUUCAAAUUUUAAAAUCAAGUGUCAUUUUUUUAACUGUGCCAGACUUGCAGAAAUCUCCCAAGCCUUCACAAAAUCAUUUCCCUUCAAAAUUUUCCCCGGAAAAUCUGAAAUUUCCAGCUCUCGAUUCGGCAAAAUCAAACCUCGUCGAGCUGUUGUCACCAUCAACAAUUCAUCCGAUUCCACGUCAACAACACCAAUCGCAGCGCCAACAUCGGAUUCAAUUCAAGACCUGAGUCGAGCUGAAAAUAUCCCGCUAGCUGUCUGA